AUGAGUAGAAAGAAAAGGCAGAGUAGGAGAAAAAGGUUCCUUCUCAGUCUUGAGAGGGCGGCUGAAGACUUCCUGAAACAUAUCGUGGAGGAGAAGCCCCGGGUUCUAUUGUUUAUUCCUCUGAUUUUGAUUGUUUGGGCCAUUGAGAGGUGGCUUUUCUCUUUAGCCAGCUGGAUUCCGCUAGCUCUUGCUGUAUGGGCGACCAGACAGUAUGGGAUUUACCAAUGCAAACUACUUGUGGAGGAACUGAAUAGUAAAUGGAAGCGAGUUGCGCUGAAUACAUUGCCCAUCACGCCAUUGGAGCCCUGUGAGUGGUUGAAUAAGCUGUUGACUGAAGUUUGGUUCAACUAUUACAACCCAAAGCUUUCGAGAAGGUUAUCAGCUAUAUUCGAGAAACGCUUAAAGCUCCGAAAACCAGGACUUAUAGAAAGAUUUGAGCUACAGGAGUUUUCACUUGGUACAUGCCCUCCUAGCUUGGGUCUUCAGGGGAUCCGAUGGUCAACUUCUGGAGACCAGCGAGUAAUGCAAAUGGGUCUUGAUUGGGACACAAAUGAAAUGAGUAUUUUGAUGCUGGUCAAGCUUGCAAAGCCAUUAAUGGGAACUACCCGGAUUGUGAUUAACAGUCUUCAUAUUAAGGGUGAUCUUCUUUUUAUACCAAUUCUAGAUGGUAAAGCACUUUUAUAUUCAUUUGCGUCAACUCCUGAGGUGAGAAUAGGAGUUGCCUUUGGAAGCGGUGGAAGCCAAUCACUUCCUGCCACUGUGUUGCCUGGUGUUUCUUCUUGGCUGGUGAAACUUUUUACUGAAACCAUAUUCAAAACAAUGGUAGAACCUCGCCGCCGAUGUUUGUAUUUGCCUGUUGUAGAUUUUAGGAGAAAGGCAGUUGGAGGCAUUGUACAUGUUACAGUGAUUUCGGCAAAUAAACUUUCCAGGAGUUGCUUCAAGGGAAGGCAACAAGAUGGUUCAAGCAAUGGCCCUUUGGAUGCCAAGUCGGAUGAAAAAGACCUACAAACAUUUGUGGAGGUAGAACUUGAGGAACUAACGAGGAGAACAGAUGUCAGACUGGGUUCAACUCCUAGAUGGGACGCAGCAUUUAAUAUGGUUUUACAUGAUAGUACAGGAACUCUUCGUUUUAAUCUUUACGAGUGUCCUCCUAACAGUGUCAAGUAUGACUAUUUGGGCACUUGUGAAAUCAAGAUGAGGCAUGUCGAAGAUGAUUCAACGGUAAUUUGGGCAAUAGGACCUGACUCUGGUAUCAUAGCAAAGCAUGCAGAGUGUUCUGGAGAAGAAGUUGAAGUGGCCGUUCCAUUCGAGGGGGUCAACUCCGGAGAGUUGAAGGUGAGAAUUGUAGUGAAAGAGUGGCAAUUCUCUGAUGGUUCACAUAGCUUGAACAACUUCCGUCUUAACUCUCAGCAUUCACUUAAUGGGUCAUCACCACUUCUGCCAAGAACUGGAAGGAAACUUAACAUAACAGUCGUAGAAGGAAAGAAUCUUUCUGCGAAAGACAAAUCUGGAAAGUUUGAACCCUACAUUAAAUUGCAGUAUGGAAAGAAUGUCCAAAGAACAAGGACUUCUCACACCUCAAGUCCUUUCUGGAAUCAUAAGUUCGAGUUUGAUGAGAUUAGCGGGGGCGAACACCUGAGAUUAAAGUGCUUCAGUGAUGAAAUUUUUGGAGAUGAAAACAUUGGCAGUGCUAUUGUCAGUUUGGAAGGAUUGGUGGAACGGAAGAUUAGGGAUGUGUGGAUCCCUCUUGAAAGAGUGAAUUCUGGGGAAAUAAGACUUCAAUUAUCGGUUAUGGUGGAUGAUAAUAAAGGCACAAAGGGUUCAGACCUGGAUUCAGAGAAUGGUUGGAUUGAACUUGAUUUGUUGGAAGCAAGGGAUCUAAUUGGUGCCGAUCUCAGAGGGACGAGUGACCCAUAUGUGAGGGUGAACUACGGACAGUUGAAGAAAAAGACCAAGGUUAUACACAAAACCCUGAAUCCUCAAUGGAACCAGACGUUAGAGUUCCCGGAUGACGGGAGUCGGCUGGUACUGUAUGUGAAGGACCAUAAUUCCUUGCUUCCGACACAGAGUCUGGGUGAAUGUGUGGUGGACUAUCAGAGAUUGCCUCCAAACCAGAUGGCCGACAAAUGGAUACCUCUGCAAGGCGUUAAAAGGGGUGAGAUCCACAUUCGAAUCACCAGAAAAGUGCCAGAAUUGCACAAGAGACCUUCUUUGGACUCUGCCCCUUCCUUGAGUAAACUACACCAAAUUCCUGCUCAGAUAAAACAGAUGAUAAUCAAGUUUCGAGAUUUGAUAGAGGAUGGGAAUCUCCAAGAACUGUCGACAUGUUUGAGUGAGCUUGAAAGUCUGGAGGAUAUACAGAAAGGGUAUAUAGUGCAGCUGGAGACAGAACAAAUGGUUCUUCUGAGCAAAAUAAAGGAGCUGGGUGUGGAGAUCAGUAAUAGUAGUUCUUCCUCCACCUUCAGCAAAAGAUCCUCUAGUCUUAGAUAAUUCUUGGCUGGAUCAACUGAGACAUUUUUUUUUUCCAUGCUUCUCAGGCUAGCAAGCAAGUCUUAUGCUUGCAUCUCAU